CCUGACUGCCAACGAAGCUGUCCCAUACUAGCAGCAUAAAACAACGAAGCUGGCCAAUUGAAUUCCCAAAGGCGAGUGUGUCAUCACUCAUCAUAAUAAUACACUUCUAUAUACUCUUUUCUCUCUCACUCAUACGCAGAAGAGAGAGCAGCAAAACCCACUUUCUUUCGCUUUUCUUUCUCCACUAACUCAAAAAGCCUCGCCACCCUUUUGCUUUUCGUUUUUGGAUUGUUGUAGAUCCACAAAGAUAAAGAAGAUGAUCCAAGAAUUGUUGGGUGGUGCCCUCAUAGCAGGAGAAAGAAAACCUUCCUCCAUUAAUGGAGGAGGUGGAGGAGGAGGAGUUUUACUCCCAAUUACUACACCUUCUCCUUCUUCUUUUCCCUCUUCCACGACCAGUGAUGUUACCCUCACAUCCACAACAACAACUGCUGCUACUACUGCUGCUACUGCUGCUACUACUACUACUGCUGUCGAAAACCUGAGAUGUCCUCGAUGUGAUUCAUCGAACACCAAGUUUUGUUACUACAACAACUACAACCUCACUCAGCCGCGGCACUUCUGCAAGACGUGCCGCCGCUACUGGACCAAAGGUGGGGCUCUCCGGAACGUCCCCAUCGGAGGCGGAUGCCGGAAGAAUAAGAGCAUUGGCGUGGCGAGCUCGGUGGCGGGGAAGACAGCCUCGACCAAGAUGAAAACCAUUGCAUCGGAGUUUGGAAAAUCGCCGGGCUUUGGCGGUGGGUUCGAGGUGGAACACGAACUUCCGCCACCACCGGGCCAAAUCCUCUGGGGAUCGCCCCAAAACACCCACCUUCUAGCCUUGCUGAGAGCUACACAAACUCAAAACCCUAACCCUAACCCUAGUCCCAUGUCCCUCAAGGAAGAAGGAACCCUAUUGGGCCACAUGGUGAGCACUGAUCAGCCCUUGGUUUCAAACACUUUGCUGAGCUACCGAACCUUAGGCUAUGAUGCUGUUGCGCAAGUUCCUUCUUCGCUUGGUCUGUUUGGGAGAAACAAUCAAGAUCAACAACAACAAAAUGGAGGGUUCCUAGUUGGGGAACAUCACAACAACAGUGGAAUUCAAGAGCUUUACCAGAAGCUAAGGUCAUCAUCAACUGUUAAUAAUAAUUAUUGCAGUGAUAAUAACUCGUCACAAAUGUUUAUGGGGAACAUGGCUUCUAACUAUUCCUCUUCUGUGUCCAACAACAUUUUGGAGACAACCUCGGUUGCUGGGGGUGAAUUCGGAUACUGGAAUGGUCCAACUUUUUCUAAUUGGUCUGAUCUUCCAACCACUAAUGGCGCUGGUGCAUAUCCGUAACAGAAAUAACUGUUUUAAUUUUCUUCACCAGUUAAAUCUUCUUGUUUUCCUGUUAGAUAGUGGCAUAGUGCUCCUAAUUAAUCACUUUGUAUCUUAAGGGUUUGGUUAUUUUGUGGUUUCUUUUGGUUCGGGUGGUAUAUGAAUAUGGAUCUAGAACUUUUUCUUUUCUAAUUCCCUCUCUAGCCUUCUAUCUUUUUUUUUUUUUUUUGGUGUAAGUUUGGUUGAUGGUGUGCUUGGCUAAGUUAUCUAUGGUUUAUUUCGAGGGUACAAGAGUUCAAAACUGAAUGGAGAAAUCAGUGUAUUUUUAAUGCUUCA